AACAAAAAAAACACGCCCAUCGCCCUACUCUCCCUGUUCGCUCGAAGCAAGCCCUACCGCCUUUCUUCUCGUAUAUUAUUAUUUUCUCUUCGACGGCAGAGUACAGACACCGCGCCACCGCAAUUCGGUUCCCAACGCCUCGAAGUAAAGCCUCAUCAUCUUCGUUGACUACCAAUCACGAUUUGGCUCUCCAUCUCAAGUGUUCAACUUAUCAGAGAUGGCCCUGAAGAACAAAAAUUCAAAGAAGAAAGGCUCAGGUCCGAAGGGAAGCGACAAGAAGGGCAAGAGAUUCUCUGUGGACAAAAAUCCCUUUUUCAGUUCCGAACCCGAUAAGAGGCGAAGAAUUGAUUUCAACGACGGGGACAUCGAGUCUGAGGACGACAGUGAUAUCCUGGGCUCCGACAUUGGUGAAGAAGAGAGAGACUUGGCGGCAGAUGAGGCGGAGAACGCAGAUGAGAAGAGGCAUCGCUUGGCAGCAGAGCUGGUAGAGAAGUAUCGAGCUGCAGAGAGGAGAAAGAAGGAAGAGGAAGAUGAGGACGAGGAUGGAAGAGGGACGGAGAAGGAAGGCGAGAGGGAUACGCUGGUGGCCCAGAUUCUGAUGCAGGAGCAGUUGGAGGAGAGUGGCCGUGUUAGGAGAGUCCUUGCUUCCAGGGUUCAGCAACCUGAAGCUGUUGAUGAAUUUCGGGUCCUGGUAAAGCACAGGCAAUCUGUCACCGCUGUAGCUCUAUCUGAGGAUGAUUCAAAGGGCUUUUCAGCUUCCAAAGAUGGAAUUAUUAUGCACUGGGACAUAAACAGUGGCAAACAUGAAAAGUUUCAAUGGCCAAGUGAGGAACUGCUGAAGUCGCAUGGGGCCAAGGAGCUGCAAGGUCAAGCAAAAAAAAGAAGCAAACACAUUCUAUCAUUGGCUGUCAGUUCUGAUGGUCGGUAUUUAGCAACUGGAGGAUUGGACAGACAUGUUCAUCUGUGGGACACCCGUACAAGAGAUCAUAUUCAGGCUUUUCCAGGUCACAGAGGGCCUGUGUCAUGUUUGACCUUUAGGCAAGGGACUACGGAACUUUUUUCCGGUUCAUUUGAUCGUACUAUCAAGAUAUGGAAUGCAGAAGAUAGAGCAUAUAUAAAUUCAUUAUUUGGUCAUCAAAGCGAAGUAUUAUCAAUUGAUUGCCUACGUAAAGAACGGGUGAUGACUGUUGGACGUGAUAGGACUAUGCAGUUGUAUAAGGUUCCUGAAGAGUCACGGUUGGUUUUCCGAGCUCCCAUGGCAAAUCUAGAAUGUUGUUGCUUUAUCAGCAACGAUGAAUUCUUAUCUGGUGCAGAUGAUGGAAGCAUCGAGUUAUGGAAUGUAGUGCGAAAGAAGCCUGUGAACAUCGUAAAAAAUGCUCAUGCUCUGUCGGAUCCCACUGACAAUUUUGGUGGUGGCAAUAGUCAUAUAAUUGCCAAUGGUCAUACUGAAAAUGGUGACCACAAUCUUGGAAGCAAUAUUUGUUCAUCAGUAUGCUCCUGGGUCAGUUCAGUCACUGUAUGCAGAAAUAGUGAUCUUGCUGCAUCAGGAGCUGGUAAUGGUUUUGUGCGCUUAUGGGCUAUUGGAAGUGAAACCAAAGACAUUCGUCCGGUAUAUGACCUUCCACUGGUGGGGUUUUCGAAUUCCCUGGCUUUUGCAAAAUCUGGACAGUUCCUCAUUGCUGGAGUUGGAAAGGAACCUCGUCUGGGAAGGUGGGGACGUCUUUCUGCCGCCUGCAAUGGAGUUGCAGUUCAUCCCCUUAAGCUGUCUUAAGAUAGAGCAAGUGAUUUCUAAAUGGUCUUCAAUUUUGACUGCACAAGAGACCUGAGUGACAAAAUUACUAAAGACUGAAAGAAAAGGAGAAGAAAAAGAAAGAUCUUUCCCUAAUGCAUUUUUGUAGCCACAGAACCAUUUUUUUUAUAUAUAUUUAUUGUUUGCCAGUUUAUGCAGUCCGCGUUCAUCUGUAAGGGAACGAGCAGAUAAGUGUGGCCUCCUAAGAGUUUUGUUCAUCUUUUAUGCAGGGAAUGGACAUAAAUUAGCAUAUGACAAUCAAUUUAGAGCCUCCCUAUUUUGCUCAUUCCUACGCUGUUUUUGGAUGGGGCUAGUCCAUUUUUUACCGUAGUGCAUCAUUGUUGAGCCAUGAUAUUUGAAAAACACUCAUGGUUUAUAAAAGUUAGUCACCUGUUAAUUUUAGUUUUGA